AUAUAAUAAUCCAUUUUCUCUCUCUUUCUAUCAACUGCAACUCCGUUAGACCCGGUCUGUCUAUAAUCCAUACAUCUGUUGUCCUUUUUCAUUCUUUCAGCUCUCUUAUUACCAUCCUUUUCCUUUCCUCUUCCUUUUCUCUCGCUAGGGUUUUGAUUAUUAUUCUUCUUCUCUUCACAAACACCUGAAUACAAUCUACCAUAUCCAUCUCCUAUUCUUGACAAAAUUUCAAUCUUUUAUCAUGACUUCUGUUAAGAACAACUUUUUGCCACCUGGGUUGGUUACGAAUCUUCAAGAAGUUUUGUUAAACAGAAAGAGCGGUAAUGAAGAAGCAAAUGAUGAUAAUAAUAACAAUGAUAAUAAUAAAUCAAAUGAGCCUUCUACUUCGACUUCUGCUGAAAAUACUUCUCAAAUUGAAGAUAAUUCAAAGCCUAUUCUUUUGGUUACUAACGGUGACGGGAUUGAGUCUCCCGGUCUUCUUUCUCUUGUCGACGCUUUGGUCCAUGAAGGCCUUUACAAUGUCCAUGUUUGCGCUCCUCAAUCGGACAAAUCAGUAUCUGGUCAUUCGGUUACUCUACAGGAAACAAUUUCUGUGAAUUCUGUUGAAAUGAAUGGUGCCACAGCUUUUGAAGUUGCAGGGACUCCAGUGGACUGUGUCUCAUUAGCAUUAUCUGGAGCGCUAUUUUCUUGGUCAAAGCCUUUACUGGUGAUUAGUGGAAUUAACCGGGGAUCAAGUUGUGGUCAUAACAUGUUUUACUCGGGUGUUGUUGCUGGAGCUCGAGAGGCAUUAAUUUGUGGCAUCCCAUCUUUAUCAAUAUCACUUAACUGGAAGAAGGACGAAAGCCAGGACAAUGAUUUUAAGGAUGCAGUUGCAGCAUGUAUGCCAUUGAUAAAUGCUGCUAUCAGAGACAUUGAGAAGGGGAAUUUCCCAAAGAGUUGCUCUCUGCAUCUAGAAAUUCCUACAUCUCCGUCUACAAACAAAGGUUUUAAACUGACUAAGCAAAGUAUGUGGAGAUCCUCACCUAGCUGGCAAGCUGUUUCAGCUAAUCGGCAUCCUUCUGCUGGACAUUUUAUGUCUAAUCAACAAAGUCUUGGCAUCCAGCUAGCGCAACUUAGUCGAGAUGCCUCUGCUGCUGGUGCAGCUCGCCGUUUGACAACACAAAGGAAGAAUGUGGAGAUUGAGUCAGUUGGGGCUGCAGUAAAAUCUGAUACCAGCAGGGUGAAAAAGUAUUUUCGUCUAGAGUUUCUGGAGAAGGAGCAAGAAGAUACUGAUGAGGAUCUGGAUUUUCGAGCACUUGAAAAUGGAUUUGUUGCUGUAACUCCUCUAUCACUUUCACCACACAUAGAGUCGGACAUCCAUAUCGCGGCCUCAGAUUGGAUUUCAUCUGCACUUAAAGGGGAACAAUAACCAGCGAUUUUGUAUACAUUUGCAGUUAUUGAUUAGUUUAUUACUUGAUUUGUGCUUUUCUUCUUUUUCUUUCUUUUUUUCCAAAUUUAAAAUUUACCCUUAAUUUAUUAUAUUCCCAAAUUACAUAUUUGGUGGAGUUGGGUGGUUUGUAUUUGGUAGUUGCCUAUACAAAUGUAAUUUAAAAUGGGCAGGUCCUAAUUGAGUGUCCUUGCUUUUUCCUCUCCUCUA